GAAAUGGAAUUUCAUAGAAAAAUUACCGUUAGGUACUUCGAUAGGUCCAAAAAUUUAUUCUCCCCUCUUAAAGGAUUAACUAAAAUUUAACGACUUCUACGAGGAAAGAACCUCCUAAAAAACUUAAAAAAAUUUGCAAAAUGGCCAUAUUGCGAUGGUAGCCAUACUCGUACCUAGUGACGUCAUAUGCGCGUGACCACGCCCUUCACCCGACCGUGAUCUGCUUCGUUAUUUUAUAAUCUUAUAAUCGUUCUUUUGUAUUAAACUUUAAGGUUAAUUCGUGUUACGUGAUUCUAAUUGUCUAUUGGGCGGGUUAUUUGAGUGACCAUUUAUAAACUGUAUUAAUAAUGUAUUCUUUACUUCCGCCUGUGGAUCUAUGUUAAAAAAAACCUGCAUAGAAGCAUAUUUAACGGGGUAAGUCAGCUCGAGACAUCACAGUUGUCGGGCCUUCCUUUGGUAGUUUACUCCUAUCCAAAAAUGAAACUGUUCAUCCUUGCCGCCCUCAUCGCCGUCAGCUCCGCAGCUCGACUGGAGCAUCUGGAGCAGAAGCGAGGAGUUAAAGAAAACCUUGCUUCAGUUCAGUCUGGGCAGGGUCAAUUUGGUCAGUCCAGUUUCAGCGCAGAAUCUAAUGACUUCGCUUCUCAGGGAUCGAACGGGCUUGACGCUGGAGACUCUGCUGGUUUCGGAUCUGCUCCUCACGGGUUGAGGGCUGGCUCUGCUGUUGCCCGUGGAUCCUUAAUUGAUGCUGCAAGUUUCAACCAGUAUCUGCCUCCGGGGCAUGGUCAUUCCAACAGCAAUGGUGCUCACGGACAAGAUGCUUUCGGAGCCUCCAGCAACCAAUUCGGUUCCCAGUCUCAGUUUGGUCAGAACAACAAGUUUGGCGUUCAGAGCUCCAGUAGCUUCAGAUCACAGGGUUCCAACGAUAUUGGCUCUGAUGGAUCUAACGGCUUCAGAUCUCAAGGUUCCAAUGGCUUCAGUGCUCAAGGCUCCAGUUUCGGAUCUCAGAGCUCCAAAGGUUCUGGCGCCCAAGGCUUCAACGGAUUCAGAUCUCAGGGCGCUCGGGGUCAGAACCAAUACCUUCCACCUAAGACCUCUCACGACAACAUUCCUCAGCAACCUUUCGACCCGGACUCCGGCUACAUCUACUAAAUUCUUCGAGUAACUUUAGUCAUUGUCUAAGUCAGGAUUCUUUGUCUGUAAUGAAUUCACUAUAUUAGUCAAACACUACUUUCUAAUAAUGCUUAAUUAUUGCAAAUAUGUUAAAAUUUAAUAAAGUUCAUAUUGUAAAG